AUGUCUUCCAUCUAUCGGGGCUUGGUGGACAUGUUUUUUCUCUUUCUUGCCUUUUGGCCUCGGGCCAGCUCAAAAAGCUUCAGGGAUGCCUUUAUCCCCCUCGCUUCACACCACCUACAUCACCGACACCUCGCUAAGGACAUGGUGGUGGCAUCUACACCGCGCCUGGGGAUCCGCCAGCCCACACUCGCGCUGACGAUAUCUGCAAUUACUGCUCCAUGCCCCAUCCACGCACCAGAAACCUACUCUCUGCCAAGUCCGGUCGCGAACAACUCCGUCUCGGCGCGUCGCAAUUAUCUGGGUAUCUGCGACGUCACCAACGUCGCACACCGUGCAAUAUCACCACUGGCGGCGAGGAACCAGGCGCACAGCUGCGACAAAUUACCAUCUGUACGCCGCUCCAGCUCGUGGUGUUUUCGCGGAUCUCUGGGGCGACCUACUCAGACCCUACCAAUCAUUCUUGAACUGGUACGCGUUAACGGGUCCUUCGCCAAUACCCCAACUCACCAUCGGGGGGCUUUUCGCCGGUGGCUAUCAGCACGGUCGGGAUCUUCGCGCAAUCACGGCGACAAGCUGGGCGAUCCCAUCGUCGCUGAACCAUCACACGGACAAAAUCUGGCUACGCACCAGUUCCUCACCAUUAACGCGGAAGGCUCCGCGGGUGGAGUCCUUCGUGGGAUCUGGCCCACCAUAAAGGUUCUAUCGCUACAUCCAGCAGGCCUCUGGUAUCAUUUUGGUCGAUCGUGGGUUUUCCCUGUGCUGCGCGGAGUUCACUGCUGUCAACGAUCAAUCGUCCCGGAAUGGAAGGGGCAUCUGUCUGUGACGCAGAUCGCUGCGGAAUCACGUCUCGCUGUGCUCUUUGAUGCCAAUACAUCAAGCUGGAUGUCACCUUUGCUUCGCCGAUAA